AGUUUGAUUGUUGCAUAAAAUCUGAAGUCAUUGUUUAAAGCUUGCUGUUAUAUUUUGAAAUGUUUAGAAAUUUGGCAUUCUUCAAAAAUUGCUGGGAGUAUGAGAAUUUUCUCUAAAAUUUUCGAGUUCAGCAAGUCACUCUUCACCGCGGACCAGAAUUUUCCAGACACAAAACUUUUGAUGGAAUCGACUAUGGAAAAAGUGAAGAGCUAUGAGUUGUGUUUGCAGGACAUGAAUAAGCUCUUGCAACGCCAAGGUUGUGACAUCAAGCUGAAUCAAGAAACGAACCUUGAGCUGAUUGGUAAAUUGGAGGCAAAAUGCGAGGAAUCGUUUUCCAAGUUCGUCGCUCGACUGGAAUGUCUCGAAAACAGCAAGCUGUCCGCUCAGUUUGAAAGGGACAGCUUGAGGAGUUGCGUUGCUUCCAUUCAGACCAAAGUAGAUUCUCUGGAGAACAAGUUCCACAACCUCUCUGAUCAAUUUGCCACGGUGGAGCUGAAUUCCGAUGAGCAACUGCAGAUUUUGCAAAAAGCUGUUGACGGGAACGCCAGUGAGAUCAAAGACUUGAUUGCCUACGUGCAGGAAUACGGUGACAACAUGCAGAAACACAUUUCCAACACGCAGCAGUUUGUAGCUAAUCUGGAAAUGUGCUUUGGAAAAAGGGAGAGCUGCGAGACAAACGUGAGAGAACAGAUUUUAGUGCUAGACAAAGAAAUUCACCAACUAGGCAAAGCUCUGGACAGGAUCGCAGGAGAUGGAGAUGGAAGAGAAAGAGAAUUCGCCACUUUGAGCGAGCAGUGGGGCCAAUUUCGCGAGGAGCAGUUUCUCCAGACGCAGUUGCUGCAGGAUGUUGUGGAGGAGAACAAGCAGGAGCUGGCCAAAGCUGUGGAAGUCAUCACCAAGAUCAACAGUCUGCAAAUGGUCUCGGCCCCAGAAGGAUCAGAGGUGAGAGAAAUGAAAACCGACCUGCUAAAGGCCACAAGCAGGCUGGCUAAACUGGAGACGCACGUGAAGAUGUACUUGGCGAAACUGAGCAAAGCCAUCGAAGGAAGGAGCUACGCUGUGAAGGACGAUGGUGGACGCAAUGAUGUAGAUUACACAGACCUGCAGCAGAGGAUCAGUGAAAUUGAGAAUGACGUUCUGUACAAUCUGAAGCAGCAAGUCGAGGAGCUGAAGAGGGAGAACAGCGAGCUGGCCAGAGAGGUGAAGCACUUGAAGCAUGCGAGGAGAAGUGAAAAAAGCGCCAACGCUGAGCUGUCGAAACGCCUUGAAGCGGUUGAAAAUGCGGCAAACUUUACAAAAAUUGAAAUGAGAAGAUUGCAGGAAGCUUUGCAAACUAUUACAUCAUCGUUGGUGACCAGAUUGGAUGAAGACAUAGUCAUCAAAAAGAGUCUGCAAGAGAGCCGGAAAGAAAAUGACAAAAAGUUUGAAGUGGUGCUCGGCUUCAUAGAGCCUGUUAUGGAGAACAUAAAUCGCAAAGUCGGCGAAAGAGGCGAGCCUAUCCAUUCCAUCUGCAGCCCACUCACAAAAGCCGCUGAGAGCUGGAAGAACGAGCUCGAGAAUACCUUGGACGAGGAGGUGGAGAAGCAAACAGUCAUGCAGAAACUGACCAUAGAAAAGGCCAACGGCGACGCAACAGGCCUCUCAAACGCAGCACUGCUGCAUUUUGGCGACAAAUUGCGGCUGAAUCUGCCCGCGGCAAACGAGUCCAAAAUUAAGUGCCAGGCAGCAGCUGUCGCCUCGGCAACGCGGCGCGUCAUCAGCAAAGAUCCCAGUGAAAAAGGGCUGGCCGCCGUCAAGUGUGUUGCUGACCACGCCAAGUACAGGGAGUAUUAUUCACGCGUCGCACCACUCUCAGCCGACGCGGUCCAGCAGCAGACCAACUACAUCAAGAAGAAUAUUAAUAACAUGCGCAAGCCUGGUAAAUCCGCCGCCCAGUCUGGCGCACACUGAUUAAUCAGACACUCU